UUUGAACCAUAAGCGCGAAGCAGGUUUUGUUUUGUACAAAAUGAAGCCAGCUCGAGGUUCAUCAAGAGCAUCAACCCGAGGUCCUAAAGCCGCCGGUCGAUCUGGGAAAAGAUUACAGCAAAAACCACUGCCUAAUGGUGAGGGUGCACAAGAUAAGCCAAGAAAGAAAGCGCCUGCAGAGCCAAGAAAGGUGAAAGGUCAGGAGAAAUGGAAACCACUGACCAAGUCCUCCAUCGUGGUCCUCGACAACAUGCUGAGCUUGUCAAUACUAUCUGUUCUCCCAGUGAAAAGAAAAGAAAAAGAGGAAUCACAGAAGCACCUUAACUCGGUGAAAGACCAAUUCCUAGCUAUAUGUUCUCGACUCCCAGUGCCGCCUCAGAAACAUGGAAGCAUGAUGCAGGCGUCCCUGCAGUUCCACAAAGAGAACCAGAAGGUGAAGCGUGGCAAAGAUAAUAUCGAGGCAUUAGAGGAGAGCAGCUGGGCAGUGGUUAGCCAACUGGAGCAGCUGCAGGGAAGGAUGGACAGGUUGACAGACGAGUGCAGGAUCAUGAGGAACAAACUGGAAGAGGAAGAAUUAAAUGCACAGGAGUUUAUUCAGCUGACUAAGCAAGCUGUUCUGCGGCUUCCUGCUUUACCACUUCAGCCUGAAGAUGAGCCCACGUUACAGGAGAAGAUCAUGAAAGCAGUACCUGAACCCAAGGCUGUCAUGAAGGCUCUUCAGACAAGAAACGUAACCACGAAUGUUAAAGCCUUUUUGGAGUUGGCACAUAAGCAGGUGGAUCACCUGUGAUUUCACUCUGUAACUCCAAACAAUUGGAUCAAAUUUUUUUUUUUUUUGUAAUUUCUUUUCUUUUUAAUAAACAAAAAUUCUGUAAGACAAAGUGUAGCUGUUUUCUGAUUUAGCACAUUCUUGGCUCAGUUAUAAAUCUUAUUGUAAUAAACAAGUUUACCAUAA